AUGCUCAAGCUGCUCUUGUUAUUUUUCGUCGGUUCUUUCUGUGGACUUCCAACAGGUACAUACUGCAAUGGUUUCGGCAUAGAAUGUGGGCAGGGGCAUGAGCAUUGCUUUUCGGGUAGGUGUCUCUUAAUAGGUUCGACAAAAGUGUGCACUCGAUGCGUGUCCGGCUAUGUUCCGAUAAAUGGGGUAUGCCAGCCGUAUCCAGGAAGUGCUUCCUCUGUGUGUAUUCCGGAAGAAGCUGAAUCCUCAAUUCGUUGCAUCAAAUGCAAACCAAACGAGAACGUGUUCCUAUUUUACGGUGGCUGCUACACGGUGGAUCGGUCUGCCGUUGGUGGCCAAAUCUGUUCUCGUGCGUCAAAUGGCAGGUGCGUCGAAUGCAAUGUGAGUACUCAUGGGGCCUAUGUCUUUACUAAUCCAAACGAGACUGCAGAAGAAAGGUGCAUUGCGUGCUCUGACUCAAUUGGAUUUAGCGGAUACGGAGGCGUUCUUGAAUGCUAUAGUUGCACACAGCCGGUUACUGGCGGAAAAACUACGGCAUUGUGCACUAAGUGUCGUUCUCCUGAACAAAAUCCAAUUGACCACGAAUGUCGAGCUAAGGGUCUCCAUACCUGUUUUUCUGGUCUAUGCGUAUCGUGCUACAAAACGCACUUACUUUAUCACUCUGGAUGCUACAGCCGGGGCAGUGACACAGGGUUAGCGAUAUGCGCAGCGAAAAACCAGUAUGUGCUGGAUAAUGUCACUAUCUGUAAGGAGUGUGUGAAUACGCUCUACGCACCAAAAAGUGGAGUGUGUGUUCCUGUCGAUGGAGAUAUUCCUGUUAUGGGAUUUUCUGAUUGUACAAAAGAUAAUGAUAAGGGUCUGUGCAUAAACUGUGCUAAUUCUGCGGAGUAUUUCCUUUUUUAUGGCGGCUGUUAUUACAAGAAGUCUGGAAUCGGUUCGAGACUCUGCUCAGCGGUGGUCUCAGGCGUCUGCACAGAGUGGAAAACUCAGUUUGAUUUCAUCUUUAAUAAGAAUGACAAUGAUGGCGGCUAUCUGUGCGGCGACGCUACAAAUGGGGGCGUUUCUGACUGUGCCACGUGCAGCUACGAAAGCGGUGCUGUCACUUGUACGAGCUGCUCAAAAGGGUAUCUCGGAGUGGACGGGAAGUCCUGCAGUAAAAGUUGUAGUGGAGACACUCGGGGAGUGUGCACGAAGGUAACAGAAGGGAGCGAGUCAAUUGAAACAUCGUGUCGAUGCGUCUGCAUGCCGACGUUCUACAGCAGCUCUGGGACCUGCACACCAUGUACGGACUCGUGCGCUGUCUGCAAGGAUGGCACGCCAGAUGGCUGUCAGAUAUGCAAACCGGGCAAAGUCCUGGAGCCGUCAGUCGUCACGAACGGUAAUGCAAAGUGCGUAGAUGAGUGCACUGUUGGUGACAAUUGUGCAGAAUGCGGCAUCACCAUCGACGGCAGCAGGUACUGCACGCGCUGCAAGGACUCGAAUAUGUACCCUCUCAACGGGGUGUGUAUUCCGAACACACAAAAAGACGCGUACUGUACCAGCAAGGCGAACGGUGCUUGCACUGCCUGCUCUGAAGCGGCCUUCCUGAUGAACGGGGGCUGCUACACAACAGAGUACUAUCCAGGAAGCACUAUCUGUGAUAAGCAGUCAAACGGAAAGUGCACAACGACCAAGAAGGGGUACUGGAUAUCGCCCGAUGGAAAGCUGCUGGAGUGCGAUCCGACAUGUCUGGCGUGCACCGCCCCUGGCCCCGGCCGCUGCACCAGGUGCCCCUCUGACAAGCUCCUGAAGAGGGCCUCGGGUGCCGCCACCGGGAGUUGCGUCGACCCCGGCGCCUGUGUGGACGGGUACUACGCAGACGGAGACGCGUGCCUGCCCUGCGCCACUCCGGGGUGCAAGACCUGCGGGCAUGCCUCCUUCUGCACAGAGUGCGCGGGGGAGCUCUUCGUGAGCCUGGACGGGCAGUCGUGCUUGGAGGAGUGCACCGGGGACAAGGUGGUGGGAGAGGUGCCCGGCGGCGUGCGGAGGUGCUGGUGCGAGCGGGGUUUCCUGCCGGCGCCGGACAAGUCUGGAUGUGUGCCCGCACCCGAGUGUCCCCCUGACAUGUCGUGGUGUGCAUCAUGUGAUAUGUCGGGUAGGUGUCUCUCGUGUGUCACCUCGGGCCACAACGUCCAAGUAGACCAGCGGACGUGUGCAGAAGGGUGCGGCGCCAGGGCCUCAUCGAACCAGGGGGUGUGCAUGUGCGAGACCAGUACGAUUCUUGACAAAGGUGUCUGCAUUCCUGUCAAUACUCUUACCGGAAGGAAGAUGGUAGUAGUUACGGCCAGUGCAGCAUCAGCUGUGCUCGUAAUCAGUGCCCUGAUUGGCUUCCUUUGCUGGUGGUUCAUCUGCAGAGGAAAGCGUCGAUACUACCGUUAG